UACACGCACUCUAUAAUAUGUCAUUAAUCCGAUGUUAACAAUUCAGUGAAUCAUGCCUGUCAGAAUUAGGAGUGCGGUCAUAGUCCUUACAGUUGUGGUGGUUUUAACUUUUAUGUACAGUAUAGCUGUGCAUGAAUUCAUUGCUUUUAAAAAAGUAAGGACAAACAACAUCAUAGAUGCUGCUGUAAAACGUCUGACAGCUGAUGAAAUUCAAAAAAAAUAUAUGAUGGAUUUCUCUGUAGAAGAAUUAGAAUCCCGAGUGCAGAAGGAAAGAGAAGAGAUAGACAAAUUGCCACUUGACAUCAAAAGACAUAGACUACCAGAUGUGAUACAAAUUGGGGUAUUUAAAGCAGGUACAGGAACGACAACCGAAUGGCUUGCAAGACAUCCACAGAUUGAACUAGUCAAAAAUACCGACACAGGUUUCUGCGCAAACUCAUACAGUUAUGCUGAAUAUGUAGCUCAUUUUCCAGAGAUCUCAAAUGAUAAACAAAUAUUUGAACGCGCACAAUGCUAUUCACGUCAAAUGGCAUUAUACGAAAGGAUGGCUGCUGCAUAUCAACAAAGAAACGUGAAACUUUUGAUCGUCAUCCGUGAUCCAAUAGAUCGACUUAUAUCUGGAUACAUACAAAGCGUCCUUGAAAAAGACAAACACAAGUCUUUUGAGGAGCAUAUAUGCUGCAUGAAUGGGACAUUUCAAAUGGACAAUAACUGCAAAUUCAGUACCCAAAGAAGCGUUUAUGUUAUUCAACUUGCAAAGUGGCUACAGGCUUUCCCGCGAGACAGCAUACAUCUAGUUGAUGGAGAUAUAUUUGCUAAAACACCAUGGGUAGAACUUGAAAAAAUUGAACGAUUCCUUAAACUUGAUCAUUUUUACUCUGAGGAUAGAUUCCCUAUCAACCCUGAAAAUCCUAAAUUCCGCUGCUUUAUCAAAUACAAUGAAACAGAGCCCAUUUGUAUGGGUGUAGACAAGGGGAGGUCUCAUCCUAAAAUUUCAGAAGAAACAAUACUGAAAUUGAGGAAAUUUUUCAAGCCCUAUAAUGAUGAACUUUUUACCUUGGCUGGUCAGAGGUUUUCUUGGAGUGUAAACUACGAUUAAUAUAACAACUGUAGAAAUACUAUAACAGCAAUGUCAAGGUGUAGCAAAUCUCAAGGUCAUAUCUGCCAUUUUCAGAAAUGGCCGCCUAUUAGCCAAAUUGUAAAUAGACAAUGUAAUAUGCUUCCAAGUAUUCAUAUAAGAAAUGUUCACAAAAUUGCUCCUGUAAUUAUUCACUUAUUGCAAAAAAUGUAAAAUAACACACAUAAAAGUGAAAUAAAAGUGACCGCCAGUUUUCAUAUUAGUCGCUCACUUGCCAAAUUGUCAUUUUUAAAAUGCGUGGGCUUUUUCAAAUGGCCGCUGUAUUACCACCAAAGUAUAACAAGACAGUGUACCAUGUUUAUCUCUGUAUCCCCCGAACUUCAUUUGAUGGGAUAAUUAAACAGAAAUAUUAGAAAUCCACAUUCUCUGACUACAGAGUUCAAUGGAUGUAGUUUGCCCUUAGUUUGGACAAUAACCAUUGGGGGGAAAGGGGGAAAUCUUACUGUGUAGUGUCCCAGUAUUUGACCAGGCCAUCCUUUCCUGCAGAUACGAUCAUCCCUUCAUCCUUUGAAAGAUUACUCAUCUUCAGUUGCACAGUUUCAAUCCUGAAAAAACACAUUGAUUAUGUAAUAAACGAGGCAUACAAUGAAACUGAGCUCAGUUGUAUGGGUGUAGAAAAGGGGAGGUCUCAUCCUAAAAUUUCAGAAAAAACAAUAAUAUUAACAUGCAAAAGUCAUCAACAUGCAAAAUGUCAC